AUGAAGACUGAUGGUGUACCUGGAAAGUUCAGUUUUAGGGAUCAAAGGAUCAUCUUGGCUCUACAUUCCACUGAUAAGGACUUUGGGUUUGUAGAUCAUCUCAUCGGUAACCUCAUGUGGCCAUGGAAAAGGUGUUGGCCAAAGUAUGAGAAUAGUACUGUCUUGGGCUAUCAGCCUAUCACUGGGAAAGGUGUGAGAAGAAUCGUCUGCCAAGGAAUAUCUGAAGCCACGCUAAGGAGGAAGAAGAAGAAGAAGAAGAAGCGUAGCCUGCAGGCUGCAUCAUCUUCCGAAGAAAUCGAUACUUGGGACCUGCUUGUUGGUGAAAUAAAUGGACAGCUUUUUCUUCUCAGCACAAGAAAGAAUGCUGCUCGUCUCAUCUGGCUUUCUUCAAGUCCUGGUCUUCAGCUCUCUUUGAUUUCCUCAGAGGUUGCUGCUCAGCCGCCAAAAGCAGAGCUUAAUUGUCGCAGAGUUUGGAAUUUACAUGGUGAUGAAUACGAGUUGCAGUACACUGGCGGUGUGGUGUGUGCCAUUGCCAUUGCCAAGGAGCACACAGAGAAAGAGGCUCUGUGGUGGAAGCCGAGGCGAGGGCUCUGUUCCCUGGGUCUGAGUUUGGUGGUCCAGUUAACUGAAGACCAUGGCCCCGAAAAAUGUAGUCAUGGCCCCGGCAGAGUGGCCCAACCCAACAUUCCUUCCUCCUCUGCUCUCGACGACAGCGGGGACGGUGACGGCGCGGAGACGCCGGACGGCGGGCAAGGGCGAAGGCGUGUCGCCUUGGGGCUGCUGUGUUCCACUCCCGCCUCUCCUCCGUCGCUGGAGCUGGAAGCAAGCGUCGCAGGCUCAGCAGCACCCCCAUCUCUCCUGGAAGAACAGGCUGGAGCCCUCCUUGCCUGGAAAGCCACCAUACGUAGCCCCCCAGCCCAGCUGCAGUCCUGGGGAAGCAACAUCACAUGGCCAUGCACCUGGUAUGGCAUCAAGUGCGGCAAGAACCAAGCGGGGCACCAGGAGGUCAUGAUCACCGAGAUAUCUCUGCGGGGUUUGCGGCUGAGAGCGGCGUUGGAAUACCUCAACUUCACGGCGUUGCAUACUCUCACGAGUACACUUCUGCUUCGUAUCCGACUCCCGUACAAUCAGAUAAGGGGCCCCUUUCCACCCACUUUAGCAUCAUCUUUGCCAAACCUGCGACACCUAAUGCUUGCAGGAAAUAAAAUCUUUGGUGAAAUACCAAGGCAAAUUAAACACCUAGAGAGCCUAGUGGGGCUGAAUUUGUCAAAGAACCACCUAUCCGGUCCCAUCCCUAGUGAACUAAGCUCUCUAAAGAAGCUUGCCAAGUUAGAUUUUUCCAACAACCAACUCACAGGCCCCAUUCCAAAAAAUCUAUGGAAUUGUACUCAACUCACUAUCUUGUACCUAUGGGAUAACCAACUUUCGGGGAGCAUCCCACAAGAACUAAGUUACCUAGUGAAUCUAGAAUUAUUGGAUCUUGGCACAAACAAACUCACAGGUUCCAUCUCCAAUACCUUUGGAAAUUUGACCAAGCUCACUGCCUUAUACCUCGAUGGUAAUUGGUUCUCCGGUCAUGUUCCACGAGAAAUUGGCACCUUAAUGGAUCUCAGAUAUCUACAAUUUUAUGAUAACAAUCUCUCUGGCCCCUUACCACCUGAAUUGUGUGCUGGAGGGAUGCUCAAGAGAUUAAUUGCAUUUGACAACAAUCUCAAUGGACCUCUUCCAUCAAGUUUGGUGAACUGUAGAAGCCUAGAAAGAGUCCGCCUUGAAAGGAAUCAAAUAGAAGGAGAUAUUUCUGAGAUGGGGGUUUAUCCAAAUAUGGUGUACAUGGAUAUGAGCUCAAAUAAUUUGUUUGGUCAGUUAUCUUAUCACUGGGGGGAAUGUCAUAAUCUUACGAUGCUACGCAUCUCAAAUAACAACCUUACCGGGGAAAUACCCGCAAGUAUGGGGCAGCUAUCUCAACUAGGGUGGCUUGAUCUUUCAUCAAACAAGCUUGAAAGAGAGCUUCCAAGUGCACUAGGCAAUCUAAAAAAUUUGUUCAACCUAAGCCUCGGGGACAAUUUGCUCCAUGGAAGCAUUCCACUAGAAAUUGGAGCACUAUCCAAUAUAGAGUUGCUGGAUUUGUCAUCAAAUAACCUAGAUGGGUUGAUACAAAAUUCAAUUGAGCAUUGUUUGAAGCUUCGCCUUUUGAAGUUGAAUCACAAUAACUUUGGAGGAAACAUCCCUCCUGAGCUAGGGUUAUUACGUAGCUUACAUGACCUAUUGGAUUUGAGUGAUAAUUCAUUUACUGGGGCAAUACCAAGCCAACUUAGUGAUCUGAUCAUGCUAGAUGCUCUGAAUCUUUCACACAAUAAACUUAAUGGCUCCAUUCCGCCAUCAUUUCAGAGUAUGGAAAGCUUGACAUCCAUCGAUGUAUCUUAUAAUGAACUGGAAGGGCUGGCCCCGGACAGUAAACUCUUCCAAGGAGCUCCAAUGCAGCGAUUCAUGCAUAAUAAAAUGCUAUGUGGUGUGGUGAAAGGAUUGCCCCCUUGUAGUAGUGCAAAUCAGAGCAGAGGGGAAAGGAAAGGAUACAAAAUACGUGUAUUAGCCAUUGUUCCUGCUCUGCUAUCUCUUGUUCUUGCUGUGGUGACAUUGAUGUUCUGGCAUGAAAGGAAGAAAACCAAUGCAACUAACAACGAUAAAGUAACAAAAGAAAAAGUCUUCUCUAUCUGGGGUUUUGAUGGGGCAAAUGUGUUCAUGCAAAUUGUUGAAGCAACCAACAAUUUUAGCGAGAUGCAUUGCAUAGGAACCGGUGGGUAUGGAUCUGUCUACAAAGCUAGACUUCCAACAUGCGAGAUAUUUGCAGUGAAGAGGAUACACACGAUAGAAGAUGAGCAUUGUGAGAAUGAGACAAUGUUCAAUCGUGAAAUUGAGGCAUUGGUGCAGAUCCGUCAUCGAAACAUCGUAAAACUAUUUGGGUAUUGCUCCUCUAACCAAGGCAGGUUCCUUAUCUAUGAAUAUAUGGAGCGAGGAGACUUGGCGAAAACACUGAAGGAUAAUGACAUGGCAACUGAAUUGGACUGGACAAGGCGGAUACAUAUUGUGUUGGAUGUGGUUCAUGCUUUGGCAUACAUGCAUCAUGAUUGUUCGUCACCAAUAGUCCAUAGAGAUAUAACAAGCAACAACAUUUUGCUUGAUUAUGAAUUUAGAGCUUGCAUCUCUGACUUCGGUAUGGCAAAAAUUCUCAAUCUUUAUGGGUGGAAUCUCACAAGGCUUGCAGGGACCAAAGGCUAUCUUGCCCCAGAGUUAGCAUAUACAGAAAACGUGACGGAGAAAUGUGAUGUAUACAGUUUUGGAGUGCUUGUUUUGGAGCUAUUUAUGGGAUCCCAUCCAGGCGAUUUGCUCUCAUCCCUCUCACUGGCCACCAUGAACAAUGAACUGUGCCUGCAGGAUCUGCUGGACUCUAGGCUAGUGCUCCCAGAUGCUGGAAUCACUAGAGAUAUACACCGCAUGCUCACUGUCGCAGUCCGGUGCCUGGAACCGAGUCCAUCACGCAGGCCAACUGCACGACGUGUCGGUGAUGAGCUAUCUAUGAUUAAAGCUUGUGAAGAUCAUGUCGAUUAUUUGCACGCUGGCAUCACAUUUCCUUCACUGUAG